AUGAGUGGUUCCGGAGGUUAUUAUAAGUACAGAUGCAAGUACUGGUUGACUUACAAUUGCCCCAACUGGGUUUGGGUCAACAAUGCGCCCUGUGCCCACUGCCUUGCAGACGGACGUGAUUCGGAUGUAUCCAUGAUGCCUGGCCCCUUUCGCAUCUCUCGAGAAGUAUACGUACCGCAGCUCGAAAACGGCUCCCUUCACUACACGAUUAUGGAGAUUAUUGCCGCCAGCGACGCGGAUAGUGGAUGGGCAGUGAAAGACCUGCCAUCCCAGCCUUUUCCCACCGCAACAGGACCUUCAGCUGUGAGCUUCACAGCAAUAGAUGAUACCCAGAGGGUUUCCAAAGCAGGACCCCAAGGUCAGGCCGGUGCAGCAAGCUGGACCGGCACCAGCGUUCAUCUCGAUUAA